AACACACGCAUUUUUAAGAAUUCGAUAAAAAAAAAAUAUAAAAAAAAGCAAGGAGGUGUCGGUUGUCGGGGUUCUUGGAGGAAGCUUGCAGCGCAAGCUAUUUCUUAUUUUUAUUUUAUUUUUAUUUAUCUUUUUUUUUUAACUUCUCGCGAUGGACAAUGGGCACUACUUAAGGUUCCUGCGCCCAUAUCUAUACCAAAUGCCAUCACCUCGGGCAUCUGUCUAUGCGCGGUUCUUCUCUGUUAGUUAUCGUGAUCCCGUAAGGUGCAAGGGUUCGCACGGCCCAGGACAGGUACACAGCGCUUCCCGGAGCAGAUGCGUACAUAGCUCAGCACCCGAGAGACCCGCAACAGCAACGGCCAACUCGGACAGUCCUGCUCCUGAUGCGGUAUCCCCAACUCCCCGCCGGCUUACUGUUAACUCCCGAGUGCAGAAGUUAAAGGAAUACAAUGCACUUCGUUAUCCAAGGCUUGGCCCCCGACCUAACCGAAUGAGUGUCCCGAGCUUUCGGGAAAGGUACCAGGAUGUAACCAAUGCCUCUGAGGAAGUUGUGCUGGAAGGCCGGGUCAUGUCAGUAAGGAGGGCUGGGUCGAAGCUCGUCUUCCUCAACCUCAUGGGUGGAUAUCAGCAAGUCCAAGUCAUGAUUUGUUUGAGUCACUUUUCAGAUCCGAAGCCUGAACCCGAGCAGUUCAAGGAUGCCGUACGCCCACUCCUCCGUGGUGACAUCAUCUCCGUCAAAGGUACGGCAACGCGAACGCACGCCGGUGAACUAACAUUAAAGGCGCAUGAGCUUCCCACACUGCUUAGUCCUGGUCUGGCACCACUCCCUCACAAAUUGAUCAAUCAGGAGACUAUGGUCUUGAACAAACAUCUGGAUCUACUUGCUAAUCGACGAACAUCGGAUAUCUUCCGCCUUCGCUCCAGCAUCAUUAAGUCCAUGCGGGAUUUCUUCCAUGAGAAAGACUUUUUAGAAGUCCAAACCCCUGUCUUGGCAGACUACGCUGGUGGCGCUGCUGCCCGCCCAUUUCUGACAUUCGCGACGGAGUUCGCUCAAAAAGAGCUGGCAAUGCGGAUUGCCCCUGAGUUAUGGCUCAAGCGCCUGAUCGUUGGCGGAAAUGACAAGGUCUUUGAGAUUGGCCAAUGCUUCCGCAAUGAGGGCAUCGAUACUACCCAUAACCCAGAAUUCACCAUGUGCGAGUUCUAUUCUGCUUACUCCAACUUGGACGAUUUGAUUUCCAUGACUGAGGAUCUUAUCACUCGUCUUGUCAACCAUGUCGAACACCUAGCACAAAAUCAGCUCAAAUUCCUUGAAAACUCCAAGAUUCAACUGCCCGAGAAAAAGUGGAAGCAGAUUGAGUUCAUCCCAACGCUAGAAGAUAUUCUCAGAAUCAAAAUCCCAAAUCUCUCGGAAGCUGAUGCACUCCCCAAGCUCAUAGAAAUCCUGGGAGACCGAAUAGAUUUCGCCCAAGGCUCAUCCUUAACGCUGGUUGAGCUUCUAGACGAGCUUGCAGGCAAAUAUCUGGAGCCGCUUUCUCGCGACGAGCCUGUUUUCAUCACAUAUCAUCCUGCCUGCAUGGCACCCCUCUCAAAAUCCUUCGUCUGUCCCAAGACGGGCCAGCUCGUAUCCGCUCGCGCCGAACUGUUCAUAAAAGACCGCGAGAUGGCUAAUAUGUACGAGGAGGAAAACGAUCCAUUCGAGCAGCAGCGUAAAUUCGAGCUACAACUCGAGACGCAAAAGGCCAUGUCGCCGGAAAGCGAGGAUCACGGCGAAGUAGACAAGAGCUAUGUCCAGGCCUUGCAACACGGGCUGCCACCUACAGGGGGUUGGGGCUGCGGCGUAGAUAGGCUAGUCAUGCUGCUUUCCGGUGCCCCGAGGAUAGGUGACGUCCUCAGCUUUGGAACGUUGAGAAAUGUUGUCUCGAUUCGUCAGGCUGCUAAGGACUAGUAAUCUCUACUCCAUUGUGUAGAACAUAUAGACAUAGAAAUGAUACCCCUUGUAUAUAGGUAGCAAAAAAAGAAAGCUUGCACAUCCAUUAACAAAGAGAAACCACACGAAUUGACGAUGCUGAGCUCAACGAUAGGGACCUACAUGAUACUUAUAUCACUAGGGCUCCGUGGUCCAUCUUAACGGUGACGUUUGAUGCUGAGGGCAAAUAUUAUCAAGUUCC